CGGCGGCCAUGGCGGCCAUGGCGGUGGAGUCAGCGGAGGACGGGGCGGCACGGACCCUGCCCAGCCUCGGGCGCCUCUCCCGGGGCCUGCCCUUCGGACGGGCCUACGGCCGCCUCGGCAACAGCCCCAGCGGCCGCCUCAUCCUGCCGGCGCCGCUCUCACAGGAAAGCGGGGAUCCGCAGAGAACAGCGCUCCUCCUGCGCAAAGCCUGGACGCUGUACAGCGUCACCCCCCUGUACCGCUUCCGCCGCGGCCGCCUCAGGGACUACGCGCGGCUGCUCGGCGCCUUCAUCGCCGCCGAGAGGCAGAAGGGGCUGGCGGUGGAGGUGGGCGUCGAGCUGGACAUCAAAGUGGCUCUGUCCAGCCUUCCCGAGCUCCAGGGCAGCGAGCAGGACCAGCCUGCCGUCCUCGUGCAGCUUUCUUCGAGGUCACAAGCUUCCCCCAAAAACUCAGAAGACAAGGUCCUGUGGUCGGGCUGUUUCUGCUGCGUGUAUGGAGAUGAUCUUUCCGAGAACAUGCCAGAGGACUUCACUUGUUUACCUCUGUUCCUGGCGAACGGGGCGGAGAGUUACAUGUCAGUUGUUGGAAACUGGUUCCAGAAGACUUUUGACUGCAUCUUCCGCCGUCUGGCCAUCAGCCCUUUCACCCUCACCUGGAUGGUGGCCAUGUGGACUGGGUGCAAAGUGGACAAAGCUACCUCUGCCGUGGAACUCGUCUUCUCUGUCCCCCGCCUGCCCCACCCUCUGGAUAUUUCAUAUGCCAUCCACCCAGAGGAUGCUAAAGCCCUGUGGGACACCAUCCAAAAAACUCCGGGAGAGAUCACUCAGGAAGAAGUGGAUGUCUUCAUGGACUGCCUUUACUCCCACUUCCACAGGCACUUUAAGAUCCACCUGUCAGCCACAAAACUGGUGAAGGUUUCUACAGCGAUUGCCUCGGCACACUGUGAUGGGAUUGUAAAGAUGCUACACAGCCAGUAUCUCUCUGGAGUGCUGAUGCUACUGACAGAACUUGCAAUCUCUCAGAUACAGUGAGAGCCAUUUCAGCAACUCUUCAUGCUACAAAGUCUUCCUGUUGAACGAUGUAUGCUGGGAAACCAACAGGAAACUCACUCCUGCAGCAUCUUCUUUCCCCUCAUGUUGGUUGUCCAAAGCUGGACUGUACCUCCUGCACUUGGCUCCAUAACGAGCUGUAACUCCAUGCCAUGCACAGCGAAGACAAGCAGACAUUUUGCCCUAAAGAAGGGCUGCAGUACAAACUUGUGAUAGUUCCUGAGCACCUUUGUUUUAUCGGAGUCACUCCGUUCAUUUAUGUUUAGGAGACAAAUUCUUCAAAUUCUUGAUGCAACUUACUGACAGGUUAUUCUGUUGUUUCAAAGGGCAAGUUGGUUUUCUCUUAACUAGACAGCCUAAGCUACAAAGACCUUAGCCUUAGCUAAACUGUGAUUACUCUUGGGCUAGUCUAAAUGCAAAGUUCAGCACACCUGGAAAAGGGUGAACGCUCUACAAUCCAGGGCAGAAAAAUCCAGGUUUCUAGCUCCCUUUGUAGGCCACUUGGCCAUGGUAAUAGCAUUCAUAUACAUUCCAGUUGUCCUAAGACUGACAGCUGCCUUGUGUUCAGCCUGUUGGUCUUCUCAGAUGAAUUAAUACAUAGGAAGGUGAGGUCUGUAGAUAGGCUUUGCAUGAUGUUUGUAUCUUGGAUGUGAUCCUGUAGGCCAGAGAGCUCUCGGGGUUAGAGUUGUGUGCUAAAAUUUUAUGUUGGAUCUCUCUCUUCUAGAGCAGGUAAGAGUUCACAGGGCUAGUGCACAGUGCCUGGCUAGAGAUUAAAGGGGCAGAAAGGAAGUAGUACCUGUUAAGUCUUAGGAUUUUUGUAAUAUAGUACUAAAGAAAGAAAAUAUUUUCCAUCUUUUGCACAUAGACUGGUCUUAAGGAAAGACCACCUAUGCCUAAUUAAAUAUAUCCUUGUAUGGUGCUUAUUUCCAACUAUAGCUUACCUGACUAAACCACCACUUGUUACCUAUUAAAUAAUUUUGUGAGCAGCAAAA